AUGACUCUUGUUGCCCAUGAAUCAGUGUUACCAAAGUUGCAUUUUGAUAUGGAUAUGGAACCUGAGAAUGAUUGUGCUUGGAAGUCAAAACAUGGAAUGACAUUUGAUUCUGAACAAAGUGUGUAUGAUUUUUAUAAUACAUAUGGAGAAAGAAUGGGGUUUAGCAUAAGAAGGGAUUAUUGUAGGAAGAACAAGUUUACUAACCAACUUAUUUGUAGACUUUUGGUUUGCAACAAGGGAGGAUUUUGGAAGGUUGACAAACGAGACCCAUUGGCAAAAAACCCUAGAGCUGAAACUAGGACCGGUUGUGAGGCUCGACUUUAUGUAAAAUUAGAUGAUUGUACUGAGAAAUUUAUUGUGACUGAUUUCAAAGAAAAACAUAACCAUGAUCUUGUAUCACCCGAGUGUGCCCACAUGUUGCCGUCACAAAGAAAGAUAUCGACUACCCAAUUAGAUAAUGAGGAGCAAAUAACCAAUAUGUUUUGGGCCGAUGCACAAAUGAUCAUGGAUUAUGCCCAAUUUGGUGAUGUUGUCACAUUUGAUACGACUUACAAGUUAAACAAAGAACAUAGACCCUUUGCAUCUUUUGUGGGAUUCAACCAUCAUAGGGAAACAGUUAUAUUUGGUGCAGCAUUGUUGUAUGAUGAGACUGCCAAAUCAUUUGUAUGGUUGUUUCAAAAUUUUCUAGAGGCUAUGUCAAGAAAGGCACCAAAAACUUUGUUCACCGAUUAA